ACGAUUCAUCCAAAUCUGAAAACACUGCUUCCAUCAUUCCAAGUUCCACUUCUCUGUCACAACAUAUAUAUAAUAAUAUUCUAUAACUCUUUUCUAAUUUUUUUCCCUAAAUCCUUCAACUACUACCUUCCCACCCCGCCCACCUUUUCUAUCUCUGAAUCUUCCUCUCUUUCAUGUUCUUCAUCCUCUCUUCACACCAUGAAACCUCAUCAUCUUCUUCAUCAUCGCAGAAGCUUGAAAGAAGAUCCAGCUUCAAAUCUUCAAGACUGCAUGUCAUCUUGUAAACCUGAUAACCCAGACAGUUAUUAUUCCUGUGUUGACUUCUGUUCUGAUACAAAUUUCAGUUACCCACCGGUUGAAAGUCCACCUGUUUCUUCAUCACUACCUCAUCAUUCAAACAAAGCCCACAAGUUCUUGAUCAUCACACUCACAGUUUUCGCCGUAACCUUUGUUGUUCUUGCCUGUUGUAUUCUCUACUUCAAGUUCUAUUUAAACCGGCGUGCUUCGAGGAGAGUUUCGUCGUCACAGCCGCCGCGAACAGAUGGUGAAGAAACCCGUGAUGCUUUUCUGGAUGAAGAUGACGGCCCAGUGGUUGACCACCACAUCUGGUACAUCAACACCGUUGGUUUGCAGCCGUCGGUUAUCAGUGCCAUCACGGUUUGCAAUUACAAGAAAGGCGAUGGUCUUGUUGAAGGCACCGAGUGCUCCGUUUGUUUGAACGAGUUUCAAGAGGACGAGUCUCUCAGGCUUUUGCCCAAGUGUAAUCACGCUUUUCAUGUUCCUUGUAUUGAUACUUGGCUUCGCUCUCACACCAACUGCCCCAUGUGCCGAGCUCCGAUUGUGAAGAAUAAUAACAAUAAUAAUACGUCUGCUGAAUCAUCAUCUUCUGCUUCUGCUUCUUCUUCGUCAACAGCACCAGAUUCCAUUGCUGUUGAUUCAGCUGCUGGCAGUGGAGCUCAAGUUGAAGGAGCAACUGAGAGAGAAAUGGAAGAAGGAGUUGUUGAAAGGAGGAUUGAGAUUGAGCCCAUUAGAAGAUCGGUUUCUUUGGAUUCUGUGUCAGCUUUAAAGAUAAUUCAAGCGGUUAGAGGGAAUUCUUCAGAUGCCCAGAUGGGAAAAGAGAAAGAUCCGAGAAGGAGAAUAGGUUCGAGAAGAGUGAGCAGGACUGAGAGUUUGAGAAGAUUUGUGGGAAGUUCUUCAAUUGCUAGAUCUUUGCAACUUGGUCCUGUUUCAUUCAAAAGAUCGUCUUCUUGCAGUGGAAAAUUCUUGUUACCGAGGAGCAGCUGAUCUAGCGUGGAUUCGAUCGGAGUACAGAGCUUUGAUCAGAAGGUUGUUUACAAAUGUCAUCGAUAAGAUAUCAACUUGUUCAAAUAAAGUCGACUGGGAUCGAAUCUACCCUUGAAAUGUUUCAGGUCAGAUUUCCAUGAACUUUAGAGAUUCAGCUGGAGUUAUUUUAUUGCUCUUUUUCAAAUCCUGCAAUUUUGUUGUAUUAAGUUUGCAAAGAGAUCCAUGAAAGGAAAUGGAUUUUCUUUACCAAGGAAUUAAUUGUAAGUAACAACUGCGUUAUUGUAAAGUGAUGAUAUUUAGUACACAAUUUUGAUUGAUGAAUUGAAAAUUUGAUUCAAAUGAAAA